GAAUGAGAAUAGUGGGUGUCUGAAAGAAACCGGCAGGAAAGAGGUAGUCAUUUACAGAAAGCGUGAAUAAUUCUAGGCUCGUAAUAUCACAGAAUUAUUAAUAUUGAUAUUUUAUAUAAGAAUGUUGUAUAUAAGUGGUCUUACGAUAGCCUUGGCGCUGGCUCUUAUACCAAGCGAUAGCGAGGCUAGUUUAAAAGAGGGAGAAUGUGAAGUGUGUGUCAGUUUUAUGGGGAGGUUGUAUCAGUCUCUGAAAGACGAUGAUAUCAAAUUCACAUCUGCAGACAUCGAAAAGGCAUUGGUGAAAAAAUGUAAGGAUGCCAAGGGCAAAGAGAACAGACUGUGCUAUUACAUUGGAGCAACAAGUGAUGCGGCCACCAAAACCAUCAAUGAAGUUACUAAACCCUUGAGUCACCAUGUUCCUGUGGAAAUAAUCUGUGAGAAGCUGAAGAAAAAAGACAGCCAGAUCUGUGAACUCAGAUAUGAUAAACAAGUGGACCUGAGCACAGUGGACUUGAAGAAGUUGAAGGUGAAAGAUCUAAAGAAGAUCUUGGAGGAGUGGGGAGAAUCCUGCAAAGGGUGUGCUGAGAAGUCUGAUUUCAUCCGCAAAAUCAAUGAACUCAUGCCAAAGUAUGCUCCCAAUGCAGCCAGUGCAAGGACAGAUCUCUGAUUCCAUUCUUACCCCUGUGGAGCAAAGGCAGAUUCUGAGAAUAUGGACCAUCCAACAGAGACUUGUACAUUUCCAUAGUUUCUUGCUGAAUGGAUAUGCUUUUUUUAUAAUUUAUUAUGACAGAGGUAUCUUCUAGUUUGGGUGGUGAAUAUUAUUAAAAGAACUGGUUCUAAAGUCAAAUUUAAUCUUUCCUUUUACAAUAAAAAUGUUUUUUUUUUUUUUUUCUUUUUUUUUUUCUUUUUUUUAACAUUUAAAACAAAAAGAAACCUGGUAAUAAGACCUCUCCUUAUUGAAGUUCCUAAAACUGUUUUGAGACAACCUGUUGAAUGAACAUUACUUAAAAAAAAAAAAAUAAUAAUAAUAAUAAUGAAUGAGUGGUGUUGUUUUUUUUUUUUUUUGUUAAUUUGACAUAUUAAAUGUUUUACUAUUAUCAUACGUUUAGGAAUAAGUCAUGGGUAGGGUGUCUCUAGUUAUUUUUUAUUUCAUAUACUUUAGAUUCAAUUGCUUUGAGUAAAAUUGCAAAUCCACUGCAGCUACAACCGCUCAUAUCAUAUCUCAUAAACUACUUCAUCUUGCAGAUUCAUCUUUUUAGCAUUAUUAAAUUCAUACUCUGUACACAACUCUUCUGUGUUUCUGCUGGUCAAGUUUGAUCAAAUUAACCAUUUUGUGCCAGUGUCAAAGCCUCAUACUCUGAAAGCAUUUGAGGUAAUAUUUAGUACCAGCUGUAUUUUUUACCUUUCUUAGUUUGUGUUACAGAACUCCCUGCAGAGUUUACAAGAAACACGUUACAGUGGUGUACCUCAAUCACAACUGACAAAUGUGUUAAUAGUAAGAUUGAUUUAAUUUACAGGGUUUCUCUAUGAAACAACUAAAAGGGCUUUUAAAUCAUAAGUCUUACUUUUUUCAUUUCAAAGCAGAAGCAACUCCUCUUUAUUAAUGUAAAUUGUCAUGCAGAAUGAUUAUAAUAAAGUGUGGUCAGCAUAAAUACUUUAUUUUUCAUUACAGCUUUAGGUUUAGUCGCUUAUUAACAUUUGCGAUCUUGUUUGUACGUUCUGCUUGUUAAUCAAAAAUUAAGGCGUGGACAAUUUAAAAGCCCAUUUAUUGUUUCACAGAAAAACCCUGUAAAUUAAAUACAUUUUACUAUUAACAUGUUUCUCAGUUGUGAAUGAGAUACAUAACUGAAUCAAUUUAAUUCUUAAAGAAGUGUAGAAAAGUUGGGGUAAAGAACCGAAAAUCAGAAGCCCUAAUUAUAACCCAUUACGGAUGAUUAAAAAUGGAAAGAGAUUGCAAUAUGUUUAAAAAUAUUGUGCCGGACAACACGGUACACAGCAAAGAUAAAGUAACAUGUGCAUUGUGAACUCUGCAGGGUUUGACAUGGUGUGUCUUUAAGUUGGUACACAACUGUAUUCUAUGAUUCAAAAAAGUUGCAUUACAGCUGCUUAUUCCUAAUGGGAAAAUUACAAACUACUGUCAAUAUAUAUGCUAAAAUU